AUUAAGAGUUCCAGGAAAUGAGAAUGUUUGUGGUGAUGCCAUUUAGACAUACGGGGUGGAAGUGAAACUGCAACGUUCAUUUCAGCUCUCUCUUUCUGUCACCCAGUAGCUACCGAUGGAUAGGUUUAAGACGAUUCUGAAUAUUGCCAGCAAGCAGACCAACCUUGGUUUUGGGUUGGUUGCUCUGUUGACAGCUGGAGGCGAGCAGAUCUUCUCCUCGGUGGCAUUCAAAUGUCCCUGCAACGAGCUGAACUUCCUGUAUGGCUUGGUCUUUCUGUUGGUUCCAGCACUGGCUUUGCUGCUGCUAGGUUAUAUUCUCAGCAAAAAGAUGUGGAUAUUGUUUACAGGUCUUUGGCACAACAAGGCAAAGUUGUGUUGUUGGAAAAACCUGGCCGCCGCUUGCACAGCUUUCAUCCAAAUCAGUUCCACAGCGCUGGUGGCACCGCUCAGCUGGUUAGCUGUUGCUCUGCUUAAUGGUAACUAUUAUGAGUGUGCAAUGACUGGAACCAAUGUGAGUGUUUACAACCAGUAUUUGUGCAAAGAUAUGAAUUCUGAGUUUGACUGUGCAAAGAAACUUCUCACACUUCCUUGUGAUAAACGUAAUGAGGAGGCUCUGCGUACAUUAAGAUCUCAGUCCCAGAUUCUAGGUUGGCUUGUCAUCACCUUCAUCAUGCUGUCCAGUUUACUGAUCACCUGCGUGGCUCGCUGUAACUCCCCCAUCAGCUAUCAGCAACUCAAGUUCUGGAGGGCAUAUGCUCAGGAGGAAAGUGAGCUCAUGGAUUUAUACACCAAUAAACACGCUAAAGAUCUUGCUGAGAGAAACCUAAAGAGCUUUUUCAAUCAGAUGGAACCUGCAAACAUCAUCACUCCCUCCAACAAGGACUGGGAGAACAUUUCCUCAUUAUAUAAGUUUAGCACCAAAGAUAACUUCUACAGCACUUUGCAUCGAUAUGUGGAGACAAACCAGGAGGGCGAUGGGAUUAGGAUGGUUUCAAUAAGAUCAAAUGAGUCGACUGACAACCCUGCUGUUCUCCAUUUCGUGGAUGGUGGAAUAGUUUCAAUGUGAAAAGAAUUGAAAUUGAUAAAGGAAUCAUUUAAAGCAUAUGAUAUAUUUCUAAACAUGAUGUAAGUGAGUUUCCUUAGGUUUAGAAGUAGGUAUGUAUGUUUGUGAUGCUCAUGGUGGCUGUAAGGAGUCAUGAUUUGAAGAAUUUUGGUUUGUUUUUUCAGUUUUGUUACAUUUUGCCUCAGUUUUGUAUUCUUGUGGACUUAUAUUCAGAAUUUCUUCUUACUUUUGAAUUUGAUCAUGUUUUUGCUAUUGUUUCACAUAUCUUUAUGUUUUUCUGGUAUUUCUGUUCGGCAGCCAAUUGUUGGUCACUUCCUCACCUCCAGCUCUCUCGCCACUGCUGAACACCAGAAAUCAUUCCCCUGUCUGACAUCUACUAAUCACUGUCCUUGUGUAUAUCCUCCCUGUUUUCCCCCUGAUUGCCAGAUCUGUAAAUGUUUCCUAUGCCCUCGUGUCUUUGGAUUACAAUGCAUGUGUUCAUUUUUCUCUGUCAUUUUGAAGGUUUUCUUCAUCACUAAACACUCAUUUAUUUCCACUCUGUUUGCUUGCCUGUUUGCCUGGGUUUUUGGUAUUCUUUGGAUGAUCUGGCAAAGUAACGGUGUCGAUGUUUAAAUUGGAUUUUUAUAUUUAAGAAUGUUGCUUGACUGUAAUUGGAAACUACUAUAUUGGCUCUUGUCAUCCGCCUUCUGCUGGCCCGUCAGUGGAAUAAUGGUUAGCUGCAUCCAAGGGUUUUGUUUUUUUUGUUUCUCUCUUUUUUGUGUGUAUUAAUCUAGCCACUUCUAGAUCUCAGAUAAUUCUUCAUAGCUUGUCUAAUGCAAAGCUAUCUCUAGAAAUUCUUUACUUCAUUGUUGUUAUUAUUCUGAUUAACCUAUACAAUUAAAAUAAGCCCUGGAGCUGAUUACUUGUAUUUACACUGGCUGUAAUGCCAGUUUGUAUGACCAAUAGACUACUUAUCUAGAGCCAGCAUAUCUAUCUCGAGGUGUUUUAGCCGAUUUUGUUGAUUUUACUCAGUUAUGGAGUUUUUCAGAAGUUCCUCUGCUGUUACAUUGGUUGAAUUUGUGGCUAUCUGGUUUGAGCUGGUUACCUUCUGACUAGUGACCAUUGUAAUUUUGGGAGGAGGGAAGUGUUAGUCUAAAAUGAGGGAUGUCUUGCAGGGGAUAGAAGAUGCCCUGCUGUGCAAUGGACACUUAAAUGUUUGUUUUUGCUUCAAAGGGGGGCUGUGUUCAGAUGCAUGUGUUGUUACUCGUGGUAUAGAUGUGUGUGUGCGUGUGGUGUUUUUUUGUUUUGUUUUUUUGUUUCCUUCUCUUACAGUUGUUGGCCAACAAUAUGCCAAGUAUCAAUCUCCGCUCAGCCAAAUUUGCUCUGCCAUACUGCAAUGUAUACAUCUCUCAUGGAAUAAUAAGGUAUGACCAGCACAGGUAAUAAUCUGAGGGUUGUUUCGUGGAAUGUGAGAGGUCUGGGAAAUGCCACUAAGAUUGCUAAGGUCAUGGCUCAUUUGCAGCAACUUAAAGGGGACAUAUUCUUCUUACAAGAAACACACCUUCGUAAUAGAGAAAUAAUGCGACUUAAAAGAAGCUGGAUUGGCCAUAUAUUUCACUCUAGAUUCAACGCCAAGGCUCGAGGAACAGCCAUACUUAUUCGUAAUAAUAUUAUGUUUGAACAACACAAAAUAAUAGCGGACACGGAGGGCCGUUUCAUAAUUGUGUUCUGCAAAUUACAAAACUCUCUGGCCAUACUAGCUUGCGUCUACGGUCUAAAUUGGGAUGACGACACCUUUGUGUCUAGACUCUUUUCGUCUAUGCCUGAUAUUGAAAACUAUUAUUUGAUCUUAGGAGGAGACUUUAAUAUGAUCCAGGAUACCCUUUUGGACAGAUCCUCAAAAAAACAAUCUCAUUAUCUAAUGCUGCAAAAAGUCUUAAUGUUAAUAAAACUGAGUUGGGACUGGUAGAUCCGUGGAGACAUGGGAACCCGGCACUUAAACAGUUUUCCUUCUUUUCCCAUGUCCACCAUACCUAUACACGCAUAGAUUUUUUCCUUAUUGACAUCAGAUGCUUUCUAAAGUAAAAGCCUGUGAUUAUCACACUAUAGCUAUAUCUGACCACUCACCAGUCUCCUUAGAUUUAGAAUUACUCUGUCAAUCUCGUUUUAAAUUUUGGAGAUUUAAUUCUAUACUGCUUACAGAGGAGGACUAUAAACAGUUUUAAAAAAAUCAGCUUUCACUCUACUUUGAUCUUAAUGACUCACCUGAUAUAUCGAGAAGCACCUUCUGGGAAGCCUCAAAAGCAUAUAUAAGAGGUCAGCUCAUUAGCUUUACUUCUAAUUUGACAAGGAAGAGGUUACAUUACACCAAUGAUUUACUGAACCAGAUUAAAGAGGUGGAUUCUAGAUAUUCAACCAACCCUGAUAUUCAAUCAAUACUGACAUGUACAAUGUCAGUAUUAUUAUUUUUUCUUUAUUUCUUUUCCUGCCUCCUUUUGAAUGCAUGUGGAUGGAUGUGUGUGUAUGUUGUGUUGCUAGAAACUGCUACAGGGACUGGAUCCCAGCAGGCUGUUUGUCUUGUGCUUGGACCUGGACGGGGUGCGUUUGGGGUGGGCUGGGUUGUGGGAGAAAUCAGCUUGAACUUCUUUUUCUCUCUAUCUAUAACUACCGUGUUUUCAUUGUACCAAUGAUUGAUGUGUGUCAAGUUGUAAAAUGCAAUAAAGGAAACUAGAUUCUG